CAACUUUUCAAGCGGACACGGAUGAUUGGACGACGUCGCUAUUUUUUCUCUCUUUGUGGUUUUUACGUGUGGUGCCUCUCUUUAGCGCAGAAGAGUGGCAAAAAACAACAAUUACUACUUCUACAACACGACGCGUGGUAUGGGACGCGUAUAAAGCAGCUUGGCGAACUGAGACUGAGAGACAGUGAAGAUGAGCAGAAGGCCUUUGAAGUACCGUAGUGAUACGUCGUCAGAGGGGGCACCGGUGAGAGAGGCGAGUGCGAUCCGGGGUCCCAAUAGUGCACUUACGGAGUUUCUGCGACAGCAGGGCAUCAGUGCUGAGGAUAUCAGGCGUAGGCACCUUGAACGGAUAAACGGUGAAGAGCAGGGGGGUGAGGGAGAGGAGGAUGGUGGUGAAGGCGGAGGAGAGGACGGAGAGGCGUUGUUGGAGGCUGUUGAAGAAGGAGAUACUGUCAGGAAUGCUGCUGAUGAGCAGAUGGCGCAGGAAGAGCUGGAGAUAAGGAUUGCGUCUAGAAGGAAAAGAAGGGCAGCAGCUGGUAAGGACGAUGAAGAUGAAUACACAGACUCUGAAACGGAGGAUGGCAUCGACAACGACGGAGACCGUGUUACUCACACGAGAAGGAAAAUCGUUGGUGAGUCUGAAAAGUGUGCCCACUGCUUCAACGAUUUUGUCGUUAACGUCUACUCCAAGAUCAGCGAAAGUGGUGGUUAUCUAUGCCCUGAUUGCACAAAGAGACAACUGGACAAGGAACGUGCGAUUAAGAAGAAUCAACUCAUCUCGAGGAAGAAAAGACAGAGGCUUGCAGUGGCACUGCUGGAUAGACAGGACGUCAAGUUCCCAUCGCUUUUAGACCUCGCGAUAAAGAAAGUCACCGAGAGGAUCUAUGACGUUGAAGACCUUGGUGACAUUGGCGAUGUGAACAUGAAGAAAAUUGCCAAGAUUCUAUGCCGAAACAGAUCAUUGGAUGAUAACACUGUCAAGUUGUUCUUGAAUACGCAUCUCUCAAAAUUGGAGUUUUGGGAUUGUUCUGGGUUGACGUCAAAGUCGUACAACCAGAUCGCAGCGUAUUGUCCAAAUUUACAAGAGUUAACUCUCCUUAUGUGUGGACGCUUACACAAUGAUAACCUUAACUACUUCUCUACGAAUUUAUCCAAACUGACAAAGCUGGACCUCGAUGGCCCAUUCCUCAUAAAUGAUGCUACUUGGAAGAAUUUCUUCAACACUGUUGGUGAUAGGUUGACAAGUUUCAAGAUUGGAAACACGCAUAGAUUUAGCGAUGACUCCUUCUUGACACUCAUGGAUAAAUGUGGUGCCAAUUUGAAGAGUUUGAAACUGUCUAGACUCGAUGGAAUCAAGAAGAAAGAGUCAUACGAUGUUAUGCCAGCGUACUUAACAAAGCUACAAGAGUUGGAAAUCUCAUAUCCACAACACGAAGAUCUGGUUGAUGAUACGCUCCUGAUCAAUUUAAUGAGCAUAAACGGGGAAUCUCUUUCGACUUUGAUCCUUGACGGGUGCUCUGGAUUGACAGAUGAUUUUCUCAUCAACGGUAUAAGACCUUUUGGUGGCUCUUUACGUCACAUUUCCUUACAAUUACUCGAUCAAAUCACAAGUGAAGGUUUUGUAGGACUGUUCCAUGGUUGGAGUGAUAAUUAUGGCCUAAAUGAGGUUUAUCUACGGAAGUGUUUUUCCUUGGGAGACGAAGGCAUCGUCGAGAUGCUGUUACAUUCUGGGUCGUCACUUGUCGAGUUAUCAAUAAACUCGAUAAAGGACUUAACUGCAUUGACAUUCCAAAUAAUGAAAUGUGCAAAUCUCACAUAUUUAGAUGCAGGCUUUGUGCGCUGUAUUGAUGAUGAGGUUCUUGAACUCAUUGGCAAGAAUUGUCCUCAGCUGAGAGUUAUGGAUUGUUAUGGUAACAACAGAUGUACUUCCAACGCUGUAAUUAGAGAAGGAUUAAAGGUUAUUGGGAGACAGAGUGAUACGGUUUGAGACGUGUAUAUAGCUUUAUAAAAAAUGGGUUGGGAAUAUAAUUCUAUCUCACUGGAACAAUUCAGGUACAACCUCUGGUAGAUCCAAUAUAUCUCUAAUGAGUAAUGCACCUUCUGGAGUCUUUCCUAGGUCUUCAUCUCUCUCCACGAAAUGGAUCGCUUUUUUGAACCCAAGACCCACUGCAGUUCUAAUGUUAUCUGCACUGUCAUCGACAAAGUAGCAAUUACUGAAAU